UCAUCCGUGUAAUGUUCCAUCCUAUAAUCGAUGGGUUUCUAUAGUACCACCCUCAACAGCAUUGUGAGUGUCGGAGGAAGUCCUGGUUGUCAAGUUAAAAAAGAGAGAGUAAUCGCAACGGAAUUCAGCCGAACUGGAUGAGUCCUUACCAACUCGCUCAACCCUUCAGGAACACCGAGUCUCGCCAAGAAACCCGCCAACAUGAGGAGGUCCUUCCAACACCCCCUCACCCUUCUCCUCCAAACCAUCACCAUCCUCUGCCUCUUCCCAUCUGCCCUCGCCUCAUCCAAGACCCUUUUAAUCCCCUCCACAUCCUUCAACUCCACCACCACCUUCAACACCUACUGGUCCCUCAACUACCCCUGGGGAACCGACCACAAUGGCGCCGCGCGCAUGUCCCCUUCCCAAGUCUCCAUAUCCCCCUCUGCUGACGGCACCUCAAGCACCCUCACUCUAACCGCCCACCGCGUCACCGGCCAAAAACCCGCUACCCACGGCGGCAAACAGAUCCCCAUCAAGUACCUAUCCGGCGCCAUCCACGCCAAGCAGCACUUCACCAUCACUUCUUCUUCCUCUUCUGGUGCUGGUGCAGUGUCAGGCUACGAUUUCUCAGCCGAGUUCCGCGCCCCCGUUGCGAAGGGGACCUGGCCUGCGUUUUGGUUGACGGCUGUCAACGGGUGGCCGCCCGAGAUUGAUAUGGCGGAAUGGAAGGGGAGCGGCAAGAUUAGCUUUAACACGUUUAAUACCAGUAGUCAGGUCAUGACGCGGGAUGUGGUUUAUGGCCCGAAUGGGAGUGAGAAGGAGUGGCAUAGGGUUGUGUGUGAGAUUAGGAGGGAUGGAAGGAAUGGUGGAAAGGAUGUGGAGGUGAGGUUUUGGAUGGAUGGGCAGCUAGUGGUAACGCAGUGGGGGAAGGGGAUUAUCAAUCUCCAGAUGGAAGGGUCGUCGGGUUCGCCUGGUCCUGAAGUGGACACUUUGUAUCAAGUCCGAAAUCUUGAGGUCUGGAGCUAUGGUGACUGAGCCGUGAGAAGAGGAGUUGCCCCUUCAGCGAAGAGAUGUCCAAGAUCCGAGGCACGCAGAUAUCCUGGUAUUUAGUCCGAAAUGAAAACGAUGGCUUUUGGUAGAUGAACAACCUAACUGAAAAAAGAAAAAGACUUGUUCAUCAG